AUGGAUACAACAGAUAUAGGAAUAACAUCAACGACAAUUGAUACAACAACAACAGCAGCUGCAGCAGUUAAACGUCGUGACCCUCCUCCAUUGAAUGUUUAUGUGCGUAUUCGUCCAUUUAUAGGUGAUGAACUUGAACGUGGCGAAAAUCAGAAGUUACUUCAAAUUAUUGAUGAAAAACAUGUUUCUGUCAAAGUCUGUCCAGCAACUAAUAAUACUAUUCGAAAUAUACAAGCAUCAUAUAAUGAAUAUGAGGUAAGUCGAAUAUUUGAUCAUCGUUGUACACAAAAAGAAUUAUUUGAACAAAUUCUCGAACAACCAACUAAUGAAAUAUUUACUGGUUCAAAUUGGCUUCUCUGUACACUUGGUCUAACAAAUAGCGGUAAAACUCAUACAAUGUUUGGUACAGCAGAGGAACCAGGUUUAAUUCCACAAUGUCUUCAACGAAUAUUUUUAAAUGUUGGUCAAAAUAUUGAUGAUAAAGUUCUUUUUAAACCAGAUGGUUUAGAAAAUUUAAUUCCAACAACUGAUAGUAAUCUUGAUCGAGAAAUAAAUGCAAGAAAUUAUAUUUUUAAAGAUGAUAAAAAAAAUAAUCGUCGAAUUCGUUUACCAAAUAUUGUUCAACAACAAAAUAGUUUUGAAGAUUUAUCUAUUGAAGAUGAAUAUUAUUCUGUAUGGAUCUCAUUUUUUGAAUUAUAUAAUGAAAAUAUUCUUGAUUUACUUGUUCAACCAAAAGAUAUGAAAACACGUAAAAAUCUUCGUCUUAUGCAAAAUGAUCAUUCAACAAUUAUUAAAAAUCUUAUACAAAUACCUGUAUUUGAUAUAAGAGAAGCUGAAGAUAUUAUUAAAUUUGGUUAUUCGAAUCGUGCAACAUCAAAAACAAAUCUUAAUGAAGCAUCAUCAAGAUCACAUGCUGUUCUAUGUAUUACACUUAUUACAAUUAAUGAAUUUCAUGAAGAACCCAUAAUGAGUCAUAUGUAUAUUUGUGAUUUGGCUGGUAAUGAACCAUCAACUGGUACUGGAAAGCAACUUGCUGAAACAUGUAAUAUAAAUACAUCCUUAAUGACAUUUAAAGAUUGUAUUCGAACAUUAAAUGAAAAUCAAACAACUAAAAAACAAAUGCUUGUUCCCUAUCGAAAUAGUAUAUUAACAAGUAUAUUUCGUCCAUUUUUUGUUGGCCGUGGUCGAACAAUUAUAUGUUGUAAUGUUAAUCCAUGUGCAGCGUUUGUUACACAAACAAAUGAUUUAUUAAAAUUUUGUGCAUUAGCACAAAAAACAAUUAUUGUACCGAAUGAACCAAAAACAGGCGCUGGUGGUUUGAUAAGACAAAAACGAAAAUCCAAACAAAAAGGUCCAAAACGUCUUGUUAAAGAUGGGCCUUUAAAAGAAAAGAAUAAAAAAGAUAUUAUUAAUAUUGAUGAGGAAAUUGAAGAAAUUGGUAUUCAAUCGAUCGAUGGGUCAUCAUUUACUAUUCCGACUAAUACCAAAUCGAUAAACUAUUGGAAAUAUUGUACGAAAAAAGCAUUAGAUUUGUUACAGAAACAAGCAUCGAAUCGACGAAUUUUAAUGAUUCAAUUACAUAAAGAACGAGUUCAAACUGUUCAAUAUCUUCUUCAUCAACGUGAACAAAUCGAUACAUUAACAAAUGAAAAACAAGCAUUAUCUGAAAAAUGUGAAACAUUAUUAACAAAUUUUCGUCUUGAAGAAGAUAAUCAUCAUCGUACACAACAAUUAUAUAAUGAUUUAAUAAUAACUGAAAAACAAUAUCGUCAAAAAUUACUUAAAUUAGAAAAAGAAUUUAAAGAAAACAAUCUUCAUUCACGUAAUGAAAUUGAUUUAUUACAAACACAACUAAAAAAUCUUCAACAACAAUUCGAACAAUUAACACGUGAACAUUUAAAAACUAUUGAAGAAAUCGAUCAAAAUAAAAAUCAAUCAAAUGAAUAUGAACAAACUUUACAAGAUGAAAUUCAACGUUUAAAACGUGAUUUUGGCCUUGAACUUUAUCGAAAACAAGAUGCCGAAAAAAAAGCUCGAAGUUUUGAAGAUAAAUUACGUCAUGAACAAACACAAUUACAAAAAGUUCAAUAUGAUUUUACGCAAACUAAACAUGAUCUUAAAACUUUACAAGUUAAAUAUGAUGCACUUCAAUUAGAAUUAAUUGAAAUGCAUAAAAAUAUCAAAACAAAUUCACAUAUAAUACUUAAUAAAUUUAAUACUGAUAUUUCAAGAACAACUAAUCAAGAUCAAUCAUGUAUUCAAACACAACAAUCUAUUACUCGAACAAAACGACGUACUAAUGAUGAAAAUCAACUUGAACAAGAAAUUAAAAAACCAAAACGUGUUACACGUAGUCGAUCAGCAGCUAGUUCAAAUAAUACUUCAUUAAAUAUUCAUCAACAAGAUGAACAAAAUAAUGAAAAACAAACCCAAAGAAUAACACGUAAUGGAUCAACAGCAAAUUCUUCUAAUACUAUUCAAUUACCAAUCAAACAAACCAAAAAGAAAUCAUCAAAUAUUGGUAUUUUUGAUUCGUCAUCUGAUAUAAAAAUUAAGCCUAAAACAGCUGUUGUACGUGGUCGAACUAAAAAACAAACGAUUGAAUUAGUACCAAUAACUAUUCAACAACAAUCACCUUCACAUACUUAUGCUACUAUUGAAAGAGAUAUAUCACUCGAUAGAGCAUCAUUUGCUACUAUUGAUGUUAAUUCAACAACAACUACACAAGUUGUUUCAUCAGUUGAUACAAUUAAUACUACACCUAAACAGUCAGCAUUUAAACGUAUUCAAUCAUUAUUUCGACCAAGUCCAACAUUAACAACUUCAACACGAAUUAAUCGAGUUUUACAAGCAAAAUCAACUGUAAUAGCAUUUGGUUCAUCCACACCAACGCAACGUAUGCCUCCGACAAUCAUUAAAACAACAACAACAACACCAGCACCAAUUGUUUUAUCAACUCCAGCUGCAUCAACUGUGAAAAAAAUUCCAUCACCUAAAGGAAAAUAUAAUCUUCGUACACGUCUUUUUGCUAAUCCGACAUAUGCAGACAAAGAUGAAGAUGAGGUUAAUUAA